UAAGCACAAUUCCUACUCAUUUGUUGUGGAGUGAUAGAAGUACUAUAUAACCACACUACUUAUUGGCUACCUCUCUUCAAUCCAUCAACUCUCGUUAUUCUCAACUUCUGAAUUAAGCUCCACUAAAUAGACAUAAUUAAAAAAAAAUAUCAGUUAAUUGAAACAAAAAUGGCAGGAAUAGCUGCAGAAAAUGAGCACCCACAAAAAGCAUUUGGAUGGGCUGCCAGAGACUCAUCUGGAGUUCUCUCCCCUUUCAGCUUCUCUAGAAGGGCAACUGGAGAGUUAGAUGUAACUUUUAAAGUGUUGUUUUGUGGAAUUUGUCAUUCUGAUCUUCACUUCAUUAAAAAUGAAUGGAAAAAUGCUUCCUACCCUGCUGUUCCUGGGCAUGAAGUUGUUGGAGUGGUCACAGAAAUUGGCAAAAAGGUGCAAAAAUUCAAAGUAGGAGACAAAAUUGGCGUAGGAUGUAUGGUUGGUUCAUGCAAUUCAUGUAAUAAUUGUAAACAAAAUUCUGAGAAUUACUGUCCAAAGAUGAUUUUAACUUAUGGAUCCACAUACCAUGAUGGCACCAUAACAUACGGUGGUUACUCUGACAUCAUGGUGGUUCAUGAACAUUAUGGUGUUCUGAUUCCUGAGAGUAUGCCACUCGAUUCGACAGCGCCUCUUUUAUGUGCUGGCAUUACUGUGUUCAGUCCGUUAAAGUUUUUUGGGCUGGCAGAACCUGGGCUUCAUGUGGGCGUUGUUGGGCUUGGUGGGCUUGGUCACAUGGCUGUCAAAUUUGCUAAGGCAUUUGGGGUUCAUGUCACUGUGAUUAGUACCUCUCCUAACAAGAAGGAUGAAGCUAUUAAUCGUCUUGGGGCUGAUUCAUUUUUAGUCAGUCGUGAUUCUGAGCAAAUGGAGGCUGCUGCAGGAACAAUGGACGGUAUAAUCGACACAGUUUCUGCGGAUCAUCCUCUAUUACCAUUAAUCACAUUGCUAAAAACUGAUGGAAAACUGGUCAUGGUUGGUAUCCCACCUAAACCCCUAGAGCUACCUGCCUUUCCUCUGCUAUCAGGGAGGAAAAUUGUAGCUGGGAGUAGCAUUGGAGGCAUGAAAGAGACACAAGAGAUGAUUGAUUUUGCAGCAAAACACGAUGUUAGAUCCGAUAUUGAGGUGAUUCCGAUGGAUUAUGUGAACACGGCUAUGGAACGCGUACUUAAAGCUGAUGUUAGGUAUCGUUUUGUGAUCGACAUUGGCAAUACUUUGAAAGGUCAAUGAGAGUUAAAUUAUUCAAAGUAUCAUGCAUUUUCUGUCAAGGCAGGUGUGGUUUAAUUGGUUAAAGGGAUGUAUCAAUGUAUAAUGUUGUUGCGUGUUCCUUUCAUUUCUUGAAUGUAAUUUGCUUUAUGGAUUUUUGGUCUCAUGUUUAAUAAAUGGCGUUUGAUGUACACUUUUCUCGUACCGUCUAUUUCUCUCUCCUCUCUUUUUCU